AUGCCUGCCAUAGAACCAACAGCGGGCACCUCACCUCUCGUUCAGCCCGAACUAUCUCUUGCUUCUGCCAAUACUUUCCCUGCGUUUGACCCGCAAAAAGUCACUGUGGUCUACAUACUAGGCGGUCCGGGAUCUGGAAAAGGCACACAAUCUGCUAAUCUGGUUCGAGACUACGGACUCGUCCAUUUAUCGGCUGGAGACCUCCUGAGGCAAGAACAGGACACCAAGGGCAGCGAAUAUGGACAGCUGAUCAAGGACCAUAUCAAGAAUGGAACGAUUGUCCCAAUGGAAAUCACCGUCAAGCUGCUAGAGAAUGCCAUGCGAUCGAACCUUGACAGCAACAGUACCGGCAAGUUCUUGAUUGAUGGUUUCCCUCGCAAGAUGGAUCAAGCAAUAUUCUUUGAGCAGUCUGUCUGCCCCUCGAAAUGUACAAUCUUCCUCGAUUGCCCGGAAGAUGUUAUGCGUGAACGGUUACUGAACCGAGGGAAGACAAGCGGAAGAUCAGAUGACAAUGAAGAGAGCAUAGUCAAGAGGUUUAGAACAUUCCUCGAGACAAGUAUGCCUGUGGUGGAUCACUUUGCGGCGGAGAACAAAGUGGUCAGGGUCCCAGCGGUCGGCACAGUGGAAAGCGUGUACGAGGGCGUUGUUGAGGGUCUGGCGGAGAAGGGCAUUGCUCCAACCAAGUGA